GGGCUUGUUGCUAUAGAAACAGAUAAGCAGAGGAGACGGCAGAAGCAGGAAAGACAGACGGCGCGAGACGAAUACAAAGCAGUGCGGCUCUCCUAGGUACCUUGAUGCUGAGGAAGUGAGCGGAGCGGAGAGGAGCCGAGAGGAGCGGAACGGAGGGGAGCGCACGUUCUGCAGGGGCGCCGGAGAAGGUUGAGCAGAGGGGACACGGAGGGAAGCAGCUGGAGGAAAGGCACAGACAUGUCAGAAAGGAUUGCUUCUUGUGGGAAUCUUUAUGAUGCCACUUCCCUGCUUCUACAGUACUGCACCGAUGAUAACCUGUCAGCGAGCAGUGUCAUGGAGAUGGACGACCGUCUGUCUCACCUGGAGCAGCGCGUUCAGCUGCAGGAGGAUGAGAUCCAGUUGCUGAAGGCAGCGCUGGCAGAUGCACUGCGCCGCCUGGGCUGCUAUGAGGAGCAGGGUCAGGGGCCUAAAAAGAGGGCUGCACCAACCAAGGUCCGUCAGCUCUUGCAAGCUUUGCCUUCCAAGCCCUGUAGCAAUGGGUAUGUUCAGCAGAAAAGGCUAGGGGGCUACCCAUCCUCGCCAUCCUCACCCAAAAAGGAGGUGUUGCUCUCUAUUAAAAGGAAAAGUAUCUCCACCGAACGCCUGUCAACAGGAAGACGAGACAUGUCCUCUGACUCUCGAAGCCGAACCACCUCCUCCAGCAGUUCUUUCAGCAGCAAGAAAGACAGCAAAUCCAAGGAGUGCACCCUAAACACUGAGGAUGGGUACGUGAGAAUGUUCCUGCGGGGGCGCCCCGUCACUAUGCACAUACCCGACAAGAUAAGAGACAGCUACAGCCUGGACAGUAAGGCGGAGCUGCCAGAACACAAGCUCAAACUGCAGUGGGUGUAUGGGUACAGAGGCAGGGACUGUCGCUGCAAUCUGUAUCUGCUUCCCACCGGGGAGAUUGUUUAUUUCAUCGCCUCCGUGGUCGUGCUCUACAACGUGGAAGAGCAGCAGCAGCGACAUUAUCUGGGUCACAACGACGACGUCAAAUGUUUGGCAGUCCAUCCGGACAUGGUCACCAUUGCAACUGGACAAGUAGCCGGUACUUCCAAAGAUGGCAAGCAACUGCCUCCUCAUGUUCGGGUGUGGGACUCAGUCAGCCUGAACACCAUCCACGUCAUUGGAAUGGGUGUGUUUGACCGGGCCGUCACCUGCGUGGCCUUCUGCAAGUCCAAUGGCGGUGCCCAUCUGUGUGCUGUCGAUGAUGCCAACGACCACAUCCUGUCUGUGUGGGACUGGCAGAAGGAGAAGCAGCUCGCAGACGUGAAGUGCUCCAAUGACUCUGUCCUGGGGGUUGCCUUCCACCCAACCGAGGCAAACCUGAUUGUGACCUGUGGGAAGUCCCACCUCAAUUUCUGGACUAUUGAGGGGAAGACUCUUACGAAACGACAGGGUCUGUUUGAGAAACACGAGAAGCCAAAGUACGUGCUGUGCAUUACCUUCGCAGAGAACGGAGACGUCAUUACCGGGGACUCCAGUGGGAAUAUCUAUAUCUGGGGAAAAGGUGGGAAUCGGAUUACUCACGUGAUACCAGGAGCCCACGAGGGUGGUAUUUUUGCGCUGUGCUUACUUAAAGACGGCACUUUGGUGUCAGGAGGAGGGAAGGACCGCAGGGUGGUAUACUGGGAUCAUGACUACCGCAAGCAGAAUGAGGGGGAGGUACCUGAAAUGUACGGCCCGGUCCGCUCCCUCGAGGAAGGGAAGCAGGACCGGCUGUUUGUGGGAACUACCCGCAAUGCCAUCCUUCAAGGCUCUAUCUCUGAGGGAUUCUGGCUCAUGGUCCAGGGCCACACAGAUGAGCUCUGGGGCUUAGAUGCGCAUCCUAGCAUGAACCAGUUUGCGACCUGUGGUCAGGACAAGUUAGUCCACCUCUGGGAUUCCAGCUCCUUCCAGCCACUGUGGAGCAAGUACAUCGAGGAUCCUGCACGAUCUAUUGGUUUUCACCCCAGUGGUGCUGUGGUUGCUGUGGGAACUAUGGCAGGAAAGUGGCUGGUGUUGGACGCUGAUACCAGUGACCUCGUAAGCGUGCACACAGAUGGUAACGAAAUAAUCUCCGUUGUCAAGUAUUCACCAGAUGGGAACUACCUGGCUGUGGGAUCCCAUGACAACUUUGUUUACAUCUAUGCGGUAACAGAAAACGGGAGGAAGUACAGCCGAGUGGGGAAGUGCACGGGCCACUCCAGCUUUGUGACCCACCUGGACUGGUCUACCGACAGCCAGUUUAUUGUCACCAACUCAGGAGAUUAUGAAAUUUUAUUCUGGGAAUCUUCAAGUGGAAAACAUGUGACUAGUGCAGAUGCUGUGCGAAACUUGGACUGGGCCACCUCCACUUGUGUCCUGGGCUUCAGUGUCUUUGGCAUCUGGCCUGAUGGUGCUGAUGGCACGGACAUUAACGCUGUAUGCAGGUCACCUGACGGCAAGCUACUGGCCUCCGGUGACGACUUUGGCAAAGUCAACUUGUUUUCUAAUCCAUGCUCCCAGCCACGGGCUCCAAGCCACAUCUAUGGUGGCCACAGCAGCCAUGUGACCAAUGUUGCCUUUCUACAUGACAACAGUAACCUGAUCUCCACUGGAGGAAAGGACACCAGCAUCCUGCAGUGGAUGCUCAGCUAAAGAAGAACCGGUGCAAUUCACUUAAGCCUUCUGCCCACUAGUUGGCAGCACUGCUGUGCCUAAUCCUUUUUGUACCCUAACUCUCCCAUCUCCCAUAUUGUACUGUACUCUACUGUACUGUACUGCAUUAUGCUGAGCGGGCACUAGAUGGCGCACUGGUGCAACACAAAGAGCAUGGCUAGAAGACUAUUUAAAGCUAUUUAAACCUAAAAAAAAGCUCUAGCUGCUAUUCUUGUCAUUUCAGAAGUCUAAAGAUAUAAAUGAGUAGCUGUGGUAUUUUAAUUAUUUAAUCUCGUGGUGCAAAGAAUGGAUAGCUUGCAGUGAGCUGAAUGUAGAAUUUGCCGCUUUUGUUUUGUUAAUAAAGUUUAUACUCGA